AUGUGUAAAAUAAGCGAGCUGUUUUUCGUGCUUAAGCACAAUUUUUGCUUAAGCAGCUCUAUGAAAUUGGCCCCCAGUUACAACACUGCCUCUGUGGAUCAAUGUAACCUUGUUUUGUGGUCUUUUUGAAUCGAUUAAGAAAACAUAUUUCCCCAUUGAAAAGCACUACGACAUUGGUAAUUUCGGCAAAAAUUACACCGAACUGCUCUAGACCUAUUACCCCCUCUGUCGACCUUAUCUUAUCAGAUUGGACUUUGAGCGGCUGUGUACAUUCCGCGUCCCGUUGUCCGCCAUUACAAUCUUUAACCAAAAUUCAACUCGUAAAUUAAUGUUCGCAUUUUCUACAAGUAUUGUGUCCAGGAGAAUGUGAAGACACUUCUGGUUGGUGAUUUUUUAUUUUAUUCGAGAACCGGUUAUACUAAAGAGGCAGCCAUGUUGCGCUGGAUUGCUGCCGUUAUUUUAUUGUUUUCAGUCGUCGUUGAGGGGGUCGAACCUCAGCAUGAUCUAUACUGCUACCACUGUGCCGCCAACCCUUACUGUGAACCCAGAGACCCAUCGGAUCCGUCCAAAGUCAUGUCAGUGACGUCAGAGAGCGAAGGUGUCUACCUCGUGAAGUGCAAAGGAAUUUGCUAUGAUCGUCGCCUGAGGCACACGGUCUACGGUGAGACGCUGGUCUAUCGCGGCUGCUACGAGAGGGAAACCGACUGCGUCCCUGGUUGCUUUGGUAACCCCGAACACCAGGAUUGCGUCAGAUGCUGCAACAAAAACAUGUGCAACAGUGCACGCGCCGUGACCUUUAGUCUUCCAGUUGUUCUCCUGUGUUGGGUGGCGUCUAAACUUUGCCGCCAGUGAUGAAAUCAGAACUUUAAAAUAAUAUUCGUAAACUAU